AUGGAAGAUGCGUGUUUUAGAUGCUUGAAGAUGGGAAAUAGAAACAGUACGGAAAGAGAAAGACAACGUUUAAACAUUGAAAAGACUGCGACAUUGUUUACGUGUCCAUUUUGUAAACGGAAAAAGUCAUGCUAUGUUAAAAUCGAUCGCGAAAAGAACAUCGGGAAAAUUAAAUGCAACGAAUGUAAACGCCACACUUUUACCAACAUGACUUAUUUGACGACACCGGUGCAAGUUUUCUUGAAAUGCGAAGAAAAAAUACAAACUGCUGCUAACUAG